AUUAAAAUACAGGUCGCAAGGCUGUCCAGUCAAAGUUACUCAAAAGCUUCCUUCAGGGUACAUGCCACUGGUUUUGCUGACAUUCAUCAGCCUCUAGAAAGUUCAUUAGCCAGAUGUCAGGAGUGAUUUGAUUUUAUGUCGGAGCUUGAUAUAAUAAUCCAUACUACAGUGAGGGGUUUGUGUGGCAGAAGUUUUCAAAGCAUGUCUGUGAACAGUAACAAAGUAUAUAUAUAUGAAAUUAUACCUGGGUACAGUGAAGAUGUUGAUGAUGGUAGUUUAUUUUACUUUGUUACAGAGUGUGGAAACUUCGUGAUGGUACAGAAGAGAGAUUCUAACCUCACACUGCCUGGCCUCUAGCCAAUAAUGCCGGAGGAAGGCGCAGUCAUGAUGGACACAGAGCCAGGUGACUGUGAACCUGUCCAGUUACAGCCGUUCAUCCAUCAGGUGGGCGGUCACACCAGCAUGCUACGCUUCAACGAUGACACGCUCUGCAAACCACUGAUUGAGCGUGAACAGGUCUUCUACCAGGCCAUUCCCCGUGGUCUGAAGCAGUUCACUCCACAAUACAGAGGAGUGAUAGAAGUCCAGCUACACGAGGACAGUGAUGGCUAUAUCACACUGAUCGGCUACCCUCCAGACAGUGGCAAAGUCACCUUCCCCAGGAACACUUCCCCAGCCUCCAGUGAGAGUGAUACUGAUACUGCCAGCCCCGUCCUCAACACCAAACACAGACAUGACCGGCCAGGUGAUCCGUACAGCGUGCGCCUGCUGAGGAGUGGCAGCCUUGAAGUGAGCACUCAGACAGAAAAGGUGUUUCACAUGAACGAUCCCAAAUCAGGCAAGCAUGACAAGACGGAGGGGAUCAAUCCCUGGAGCCUGAAGUGCCACAAACGCCAACUGUCCAAGAUGAGGCGUGUUACACAAGGAGCCGGGUCAUUUACAAGCAAAUUUAUUUUACUGGAGAACAUAGCAGCUCAAUGUGAUUUCCCCUGUAUUCUCGACCUAAAGAUGGGCACUCGACAACAUGGUGAUGACGUCCCGGAGGCCAAGAAACAGAGCCACAUCAAAAAGUGUGAACAGUCGACCUCCAGUGUCCUUGGUGUUCGUAUCUGUGGCAUGCAGGUGUACCAGGCCAACACCCAGAAAUACAUCUGUCACAACAAAUACUACGGUCGUAGUCUGACAGUGGAUGGCUUUAAAGAGGCUCUGUGCCAGUUCUUACACAAUGGCCACCAGCUGCGGACAGAACUUGUACACGAGAUAGUGACACGUUUACAGGCCUUACACGAAAGUGUGACAGAGCAGGACACAUUCCGCUUCUACUCUAGCUCACUUCUUAUUAUGUAUGAUGGCGUGGUGGGUAACGGCAAUGGGGCCUCUGGUGGUAGACCGUCCCACUCGGCCAGGGAGCGUGGUAGACCGUCCCACUCGGCCAGGGAGCGUGAACUAGACCAUGAGGACAGUGACAGUAACACAAGUUCUGUGUCGGAGGGAGAUCAGCCCUCCAAUAGUCACUACCGUGGAUGGGUCCCAAAUGUGAAUGUGAAAAUGAUAGACUUUGCACACAGUACACACAGUGGUUUUCAGGGUGACAAAACUGUACACAAGGGGCCAGACCAGGGCUAUCUCCUUGGCCUUGCAAAUCUCAUCAAAAUGUUCAAUGAAAUUGUAGAUAGACCCCUCCCUGUGUAACAAUUCAUAGUCUGUGCAUAUUGACACGUGUUUAUGAAUUUUGUAAUUCUUAUGAUGUUGAUACCUCAGGCAAAAUUCACUGGACAUUUCCAAUGGCAGUCUGUCUCCGUCUUAUCUGAGGUGUAGAGGUUAUAUGGAGGUCAGCUAGAUGACUGGGGUCAUCUAGGCUAACAUGUUCAUAUCACGUACUACUGGGCGAUAUAGAAUCAGUGUAUGUUGCUUGUAUUUGUGUAUAUAUAUACUUGAUCAGAAGAUCUCUUUCAUUUUUUCCACAAAAAGCAUAUUGUCUCAUCAUUCAUCCUGAUUAACAGGACAUAACAGAGAUAGUAUGUUAGAGAUUAGAGUAUGUUAUAAUCAUAUCAUACAUAUGUUGGCCUAACUUAGCACUUCUGUUACAUGUAUGAGUUUGUGAAUAGGCUUUGUUAGCUUCUGAAUUUUAUAUGAACACAUGUACAUGUAUUAAAAAUCACUUCACCAUUCUUUUCUCUAGUUGAUUAACUGGAAAUUGGAUUCGUUACUGAAGAUUUCCUAUAUGAUAGCAGGUUUCGUAGUUAAUUUUAAUAUUUCCAAAAUGUCACCAUCAUUAUUAUGAUGAAAUUCUUCAUGAAUUGUCAGUCUUGGAUGUUUUUAGUAUUGUGACCGGUUAGUUUUGAUUGCUUGUAUAUAUAACAACUCAUGGAUUGUAAUUGGUUUAAGCAUUAUUAAGAGCUUCAUCAAUUUUGCACACUGAUUUUAAUAUGUUGAUAACUUUUCAUCUAUCAUUUUAAUCAUUUUAAUGGUCACUAUAUUGAUUAUUGAUAUUCCAUCAAUAUGUUUCAUAUGGGUAUUUAUUUAUCAAAAAUCUGAGUGAUGUCUUCAAAAGGCAUGAACAUCAGCAUAAUUGUAUGAAGGUCAAGGUUGCAACCAUAGCCGAUAUGAAGGUCAUAAAGAGGCUACAUUAAGAGAUGACCUCAGAAGGCAAGAGGUCGUGUUGGUGACCUGAUCAAGGUCAUGGAGUUGACCACAGUAAAGAGAAGAGAUGUGAGCUCAGAUAUAUACAGAGGUGCAAUAUGUGUUGUGCAGAUAUUCUGUGAACUUCGCCAUACUUGACCAGUUUACCUGUCAGUUUUACUGUUACAUGGUAAUUAAUGGACAUAUUUAUAUAUCUCAACAAUAUUUUAUACAGAGCUGUUGAUUUUAAAGAAAAAUGUCUACAUGAUAUUUAAAACGAUUUCUUAUCUGAAUAUUUUCCACAUUAAUACAUUUACCUCACGUACUCAAUUAUUACUCCAGUAAUGCUUUUCUGUGGAACGGUAUAUGUUAAGGAAUUUUGGUCCAUUCUUAUCUCAUAUUCAUACAGACUUGUUUAUCUUAUUUGACACAUAUAAUGACUGUUACAUUAAUGGUAGUGGAUACAGGAUUCAUGGAUUCCAAGUAUUGAGGU